CUUGAGCGGAUUUAUAAAAGGAACCUGAGGAUUGGAGGGUAAGCUGGAAAAGUCUCCUGGUGAGGGUCGCAGGAGGGCUGGUGCCAAUCCCAGCUGACCUGUAUACCCUGGACAGGUCGCCGUUCAUCACAGGGCUGAGGCAUAGAGACAAACAACCACACAUUCACAUCCACACCUGAGGGCCAUUUAGAGUGACCCAUUAACCUACUUUGUCUUUGGACGAUGGGAGGAAGCCGGAGCACCUGGGAAGAACCCAUGCAGACACAGGGAGAACAUGCCAACUCCACUGAGAAAGACCUGGGACUACCAAGGUAGAGGGUCUGUGGAGGUCUUUUUCUUUUUGAGAGGCAGCCAUGAUCAGCCGUAACUUCAAGAAUGUGCUGGUGGUCUCUGUCGGCUUUCUGUCCCUGUUCACGGCUUAUGGAGGCCUGCAGAGUUUACAGAGCAGUCUGAAUGCAGAGCAGGGGAUGGGCGUGGCGUCUUUAAGCGUCAUAUACGCCUCCAUUAUCGUAUCCUCCAUGUUCCUGCCUCCCCUCCUGAUCAAAAAUCUGGGCUGUAAAUGGACCAUCGUUGCUGGCAUGGCCUGCUACGUCACCUACUCCAUUGGAAACUUCUAUCCUGGAUGGUACACCCUCAUGCCCACCUCAGUGAUCCUGGGAUUGGGCGGCUCUCCCCUGUGGUCGGCUAAAUGCACCUACCUGACCAUCUCCGGUAACAACCAGGCGGCCAAGGAGGGCAAAAAGGGCUCUGACGUCAUCAACCAAUACUUCGGCAUCUUCUUUUUCAUCUUUCAGUCGUCUGCUGUUUGGGGAAACCUCAUGUCGUCACUCAUCUUUGGACAGGACACCAAUAUAGCUAACAUCACAGCCGAGCAGCUGCAGUCCUGUGGAGCGGCUGAUUGCGGCCUCAAUAUCAGCGUCAACAGCACGACCACCAGACCUGCUCAGAAACUAGUGUGGACACUCGUCGGAGCCUACAUUGGCGUGGGACUGCUGGCCAUGCUCAUUGUGGCAGUGUUUCUGGACAACAUUGACCAACAGCAAACAAGCCAGUUUCGUGGGAACCGGGAGCCGUUUUGUCACACCUUCCUGGCCACGUUUAGACUGCUGAAGGACUGGAGGCUGGUGACCCUCAUCCCUCUCACCAUGUACAGUGGCUUCGAACAGAGUUUCCUCUCUGGGGAGUAUACUAAGAACUAUGUGACGUGUGCUUUGGGGAUCCAUUUUGUUGGCUUUGUGAUGAUGUGUUUUGGAGCCUCUAAUUCUCUGUGCUCCUUUCUCUUCGGGAGACUCGCUCGGUACACUGGGAGGGCUGCCCUCUUCUUCCUGGCUGCAGUGACCAACUUUUCCUGUAUCAUUGCUCUCAUGUUCUGGAGGCCUCAUCCUAACCAGCUGGCUGUCUUCUUUGUAUUUCCUGCCCUGUGGGGUAUGGCAGACGCAAUCUGGCAAACUCAGACCAACGCUCUUUAUGGCGUCCUUUUCCCCCGGGAAAAAGAGGCAGCAUUUGCUAACUACCGCAUGUGGGAGUCACUCGGCUUCGUUAUCGCCUUCGCCUACAGCACCUUCUUAUGCCUGGAGUAUAAACUGUACAUCUUGCUGGCUGUUCUGCUGGUGACUGUCAUCACUUACCCCAUAGUGGAGUACCGCGAAUACAAGAAUCCCACGCCGCCCAUUGAGGAGAGGACCUACCUAAGCCACAAAGAAACUGCUCAAACAGAGGACAAGACCAUUUGCCAGUCAAAAAUGUAAAAACUGAAUUUCAAGUGUUUUGUUCUUAUUUAAUUUUUUUUUAUUUACAUCCUGAUAUGGUCCCUGCAAAUCAGGUGUCUGACCUAAUGCGAAAUUGUUCAAAUUGCUUUCAAAAUGCUUUCAAAAUGCCACAGUGAAUAAACCUGCUCAGAAACCUG